AUGGCCACACUUGCAUUCAAACACUGCCUUCUGAGCCUGAAACACGUCAGGCGGAGAGACCUUGCAAACGAAGGAUAUGAUCCGGAGCGGAAGACUGCAGCUAUCCGUGGUCCCAUUCUGACCGCCAUUCAGGCUGCGGUGAAGUGGUCAAGGGUCACGCUUCUUAAAACCGAAAAAAGUCCUUUCCUGCGCCUCAUGUUUUGCUUGAGUAUCCCUUCCUCUCCAGCCUUCUGUCAACCUGUAUCUACAGCAAUCACCACAUUCGGUAUCAGCAAGAUGGUUUCAAAGAAGAUGAUUGACGUGAACAGAGUUUCCACAUCUGGUGAGCAUCGCGGAAAGGAGCUACCUUCUCCUCCGGAUACUUGGCAGCUCGUCGAAGCCCUGUACACUCUUGCUAUCGAUGACAACAUCAGGCCAGCGACCGAGAAGACCGCUGCCACUGCGGCUGAUCAGCCCUUAUCCCGGAGUCAGGAGAACACCGGCGACCUUCCAGCUCCUGGUUCUGUCGACGACAACGACAUCAUCCUCAACAAAGACGUUAGUGGUGAUGCCAUCGUCAAUCCUGUUGAUGGUCGAGACACCCCCUUCAGCAGCGAAGAUGCUGCUGUUGUCCCAUCCGCCGCUUCAGGCAUGGCAUCUCCAAGCACCGCGACCACUGUCAAGAAGAAUACCAUUAAGCUAGAGUUCGCUCCGGACUCUCCGCCGCCGGCUCUUCCAGAUGCCGCACACAAGCCAAGCAAGACUGUCAAGAACAAGACCACCAAGCUGGAGUUCGCUCCAAGCCCUCUACCCUCACCACCAGCUUUUCCAGACGUUGCAGACAAGCCAAGCAAGCUGUGCCGCAGCUGUGAUAGACCUGCAACGCCCAAGAUCGUUGGUCCAGAGAACGAGAAUGACAACGUGGGCCGCCCUUACUACGCCUGCGAUAACAAGGUACGUCACUUACCAAUGUAUUCUCCUCAGGCCUGUCCAAGAUAUCGCACGAAGUACGAGCAAGGUUGGGUCGCCUGGCGCGACAAUAAGGGCGUCCACGAAACCAAUCCUCUCUGCUUCUGCGGUUCUCCAAGCCGCCAGGAUCGCAUCGGCAAGGACGAAGGCAAGCGUGGUCAGAGCUUCUGGUCUUGCGCAGAGGGUGAUUGCAACUACCACUCACAAGACAUUAUGGGUAAGACGGUAUGGUGUGGUGAGCGUGUUGCAUUCAUGCCGUGGUUGAUCUGA